AGGACAGUUCUUUCGAGGUCAUCUCAAUCAAAUCUUCACCUGCUUUAUACUGUUUCUUUCUCCUCCUCCUCCUCGAAACGAUUGAGCUCCGCCAUGUUUCCCCUCUCGCAGUAAAAAUCUGAAGAGGGAGAGAGAGAAAAAGUGUGCAUUAAAACUGAAACUUAUCCUUUUUUUGGAUGCUUUGUCUUCCUUUGGUUGCUGUAUUGUUUCCCGUCAUAAUCAGUCCUCGUCUUGCUCUCUCUUCCCCAUGUAGAGAGAGGGGGGGCUUCACCUACCAGCUACUCAGCUACAGAACCCAGUUGCUCAAAUCUUGAAAAGGACAGAUUUUUUUGUUCUUCUUCUUCCUCUUCGACCUGCGUGCGUUGUCAUUGAUGAUCUCUGCCUCGCCUACCUAUAUACAUGAAGAAUCUCUAUCUGGCCCUUGACAAUGUCAAAUUUGCCGAAAUGCCAUGUUGUUGAAGUCCGAAAGUUUCGCAUUCCAGAUGAGGAGCAGAGAGCUUGCUGCUCCAAUGAGUCUGGCUCUGAGAUUGAAGGUGUCGGCGUUGCAUCUGAGAAAGGCAGGUCGUCCUCUGCGUCGGAGUGCUCUGCAGGGGUGGAUCUUGAAGGUGGGGGGGCUCCUGAGAUCAAGGCGGAUUUGGCAAACGUGGAGAGAGAUUGCAGGAUUUGCCAUCUGAGCUUGGAUGCAGCAAAUCAAGAAUCUGGGGUGGCCAUUGAGUUGGGCUGUUCUUGCAAGGAUGACUUGGCUGCUGCUCAUAUACUCUGUGCUGAGGCUUGGUUCCAGAUAAAGGGCAACAAAGUUUGUGAGAUCUGUGGAUCGACUGCACGGAAUGUGACUGGCGCUAAUGAGGCUGAGUUGAUGGAGCAGUGGAACGAGGCAAGUGACGCUGCCACCACCACGGCAGUGACUGCUCCACUGCCCGUGCAACCAACAGAGACAAGGAACUUCUGGCAGGGCCACCGCUUUCUGAACUUUCUCCUUGCUUGUAUGGUUUUUGCUUUUGUUAUCUCUUGGCUAUUCCACUUCAACAUACCCUCCUAAUUGGGGAAUAUGACACGAUUCUGGUGUGACGGCGAAGAAGGUACGCACUCCACCUCUGGCAGCAUUCAUUCAGUUACACUCUUAGUAUGUACUACAUCUGGAGCGAGCUAGUGAUAUCUUCGGUUGCCGUGAUAAUAUAUGUACGCACUUAUGUAUCAUGUUCAACCGACUGCCAUUUAAAGCAAGUUCUGAUUAUUGAUGCUUUGAUUUAUGUGAAUGAAACGUGGUAUAGUUUUUGAAGUUUUGUG